AUCAAUUAGAGUAAAAGCACUGGUUGCUAUAGCUACCUAUCAACAAGAAGCCAUGGCCAAGUUUGUGGUUGCUGGAAAAGCUGAUUGUCCUCGUUUUGCAAGAGCAGAGCUGCUAGCAGACAAACUGUCAGCCUCUCUCCCACACUUUAGAGUCCACAAGGUGGUACAAUCAAGUUCUGACUGGCCGUCGUGGUUAAAGGACCAAUGUUCUGCUAACGAAUGGUCCCACUCGAGUUCCCCUCUCGUGUGGCGUGAGCUAGUGGAUAGAGGAGGCAAGGGGCUCUAUCUAGGAGGGCUGGAAACUUUCACCGAAUAUGCCGCCCAUUAUCAUGAUAUUCAUCCUGACAGUGACGUUCAGAUGGAGGAAAGCAUUGCAGCCGAAAAUCAGGUUACAUUUGAAAACGACCAAAUCCAGGCUGCAAAUGCCCCCAAACCUAAUCCUCUUCGUGUGGCUUUUACCAACGCAUCGUCUACGAUUGUGUAUCAUCUCUCACAGCUGGUUGCCUCAGGGAGGGUGUUUGGAGACAAGCAAAAAGUGGCUAUUCAGCUCUACGAUUCGGAUCAAAAAUCAGAGCUGGAGGGGUUAAAGAUGGAAUUAGAGGAUCUGGCAUCACCUCUAUUAAUUGAAGUGACUGUUGCUAGGACACUACAGGAAGCAUUUAACUCUGUCACCACUGUAUUUAUUCUUGAUUAUCCAUACCAAGGUACUGAGGUCCCGCAAGUCGAAGAUACUAUUCUAAAUUGCUAUCAUGACUACGCCACAACUAUCGAUUUCUGUGCAAGCAAAGACGUUCGAGUUAUUGUCUCCGGUUGCCAUGGAAAUCUGGGUGCUUCGAUCAUAGCCAAGUAUGCCACAUCCAUCUCAAAGUCGAAUGUCAUUGCUUCAUCUUGUUUGGUGGAGCAACAAGCAAAAUCGAUUUUGGCACAAAAGCUACAUGUAAACGGAGGAGACAUCAGCCAUGUGUGUGUGUGGGGACGUACGAGUGGACCAGAGGCACUGGUGGAUCUGGACCACACUCGAGUCCACCACUUCAAUGGCUCAAUAGUUGGACCCGACCAAUACAGUGUACCUAUAACAAGGUGUUUGUUUGAGCCUGACUGGGUGAGUAUUGAGUUCCCCUCCCUCCUCUCCUCUCGUCACAGUGCUCUCACUGGCUACCAUGCCCACCCGUCAGGAGACAAAGUGUCUCUUGUGGAAGCUGUGGGACUGGCGCGACUUGUACGAGUGUGGGAGGAGUGUGGGUGUGACUGGGUGCCUGUGGGGGUGGUGUGUGAGGGUGGAGACGAUUCCUACGAUAUUCCCGAUAAUGUAGUGUGCUCGUUACCAGCUCGAUGCGUAAGCGGAGAGUGGGUGGUGGUCAAGGGAAUUCCCCUAAAAGAUGAAAUCAAGGAGAGUCUGUCAAAGCAAGUGAAGGAACUCAAGACUGAACUUGAUAAUGCAAUAGAAAAGCUUAAAACUGACCGACCAUAAUUAUUCGAGUUUUAUUUCAAUGCCAUAUGAAAACAAUGCUCAACUAUUCAAUUAUCUUUAAUAACUAUAUAUUAUAGCUGUGCUCUA